AUGGCUAGUGGACUUGGAGUUGUCGACUUCUUGUAUGAGGAGGACUUCACGGACUUCAAAUGGUGCGAUGUUAAUGUCAAGGAUCAGGUCAGGCAGUACAAAUUGUAGAAUUCAAUUUUCAGUAGAGCAGUUUAUAUAAUACUAUUAACUAUAGAAGCAUUAUCUACUACUUUUUAGGUUCAAAGAGAGCUAAAUGGAGGGCUUCCAGCUUCAGAAUAUUUGGUUAAUGACAUGGAGAAUAUCAAGAUGUUUUCAGAUCCUCUAAGGUGCCAAGAAGCUCGAAACGACACUCUCCUAAUCAUUGUAAAGACAGGUGCUGAUCGUAUAGAGGUAUGUAUGGGUUUAAAACACGAUUUUUGAGUCAGGGCAUCAGCGGUGGGCUUAGGAAAAAAUCGAUUUUGAGAUUUUUGGCUUAAGACAGUCGGUAGCACUUGUGGAAGAAAAGCUAAAAAUAGUUUUGCCUAAUUAUCCCCGGAAGGCAUAUUUUUUUACAAAAUACGUUUUUACACUUCAAAGCCUCUGGAGGCCGAUAGGAUUCGACCACGGAGAUUAAACCGGGCAUACAAGGGUUUUUGACACCGAGGAAUCUGAAAAUCGUAGCAUUUUUACCGUCGGAUUACUGUAACAUGGUCAUACUGUAAUCCGGUCGAUAAAAAUCGACGAUAACUUCUUUAGAUCAAAAAUGCCACAGGAUUUUAUUGCAGAUUCGGAAUCAGCAUAAAAUUCUGCUCCGGAUACAUGUAAAAUAUGUUCAAAAUUCCGUGGCCCAACCUCUGUAGUAUAGUGGUUGUGCGCCAGGAUUAUCAAUCUGGCGACCCUGGUUCGAUUCCCGGUGGCUGCAAAUGGCAGAAAAUGGACUAUAAAAGGGCGGAAACUUGGAGAAAAGGGAAAGUAAAUUACAGAAAAUUAAUUUUAUGCUACUUAGGACCAGUUUUAAAGUUUUUGCACGAAUUCCGCAUAAAUUACGGUUUUUAUGGAAAACGCCUCACAGCAUUCGUAAGAUCGCCCCAAAUGGCAACUAAAGAGUUGUGGUGAAUCUACAUAACGCUUGCGAACCAAUGUUCAUCAUAUCCGCCGAGGAAUGCAAUAUAAAACAAAAUAAAACAGUUAUUUAAUUUUCAGAUGGAAGGACGCAUGUUAUAGCCCCGUAGUUUAGCCUCUGUUCCUUACCAACUGAGUCUCCAUGUAGAUUUAUCAUUAGAACGUCCACGCGCUCCGUUUUUCAUGGGAUACGCAAGACGGCCUAAGUUUUACAAGCUGUGUGAUCCCGGUGCUAUUAGGGAAUCUUAUAUGACUUUUUGUGAAUCUUAUAUGACUUUUUGGUCAAAUAUUGUUCUGCUCGAUAAACCUCGGCCGCAGCUCGCCUUCUUAAAAACCCGAAUUUGAAAGAAAACCCAGGCUAUCCCAAAAAUUUAACCAAAUAAGCAGAAAUGGACUUAUUUUCGCAGUAGGAAGCCUCAGUAACCCCUUCUGUAAAUUUUAACCAGAUUGCUCCACUUUCCGGAAAGCUAUAAGGCGUUUUCCAUAAAAACCGUAAUUUAUGCGGAAUCCUUGCAAAAACUUUUAAACUGCUCCUAAGUAGCAUAAAAUUAAUUUUCUGUAAUUUAUUUUCCCUUUUUUCCAAGUUUCCGCCCUUUUAUAGUCCAUUUUCUGCCAUUUGCAGCCACCGGGAAUCGAACCUGGGUCGCCAGAUUGAUAAUCCUGGCGCACAACCACUAUACUACAGAGGUUGGGCCACGGAAUUUUGAACAUAUUUUACAUGUAUCCGAAGCAGAAUUUUAUGCUGAUUCCGAAUCUGCAAUAAAAUCCUGUGGCAUUUUUGAUCUAAAGAAGUUAUCGUCGAUUUUUAUCGACCGGAUUACAGUAUGACCAUGUUACAGUAAUCUGACGGUAAAAAUGCUACGAUUUUCAGAUUCCUGGGUGUCAAAAACCCCUGUAUGCCCGGUUUAAUCUCUGUAGUCAGAUCACAUCGGCCUCCAGAGGCUUUGAAGUGUAAAAACGUAUUUUGUAAAAAAAUAUGCCUUCCGGGCAAAAUUGGGCAAAAAUAUUUUUCGCUUUUCUUCCACAAGUGCUACCGACUAUUUUAAGCCAAAAAUCUCAAAAUCGAUUUUUUCCUAAGACCGGGCCCCACUACUGGCUGACGCAGUGACUCAAAAAUCGUGUUUUAAUAGUUUUUAAGGUUUACCUUAUUUCUAACUGCAUUAUCUGUUAUUAGGGUUGUUAAUUUGACAGAAUUUUUCACAAUGACGUAAAAUUGCGUCAUAUUGCCAUCAUUUUGGCUAAACUGUAGAUUCAGCUAUACGAAGCUUUCACACGCGAGUUUAACAUACACUAUGAUGAAUACGUUAAUAGUAGUCGUAAUUUUACUUCUUAUUUUAUCGGUCGUUUUGACAGGAAGGAGAAUUUAGUUUAGUUAAUGAAUGUUUGCCCUUCUAAGGCAUAUCACGAGCUAUUCAUUUAUAAGUUUAUUGGGUGUUCAAUAACAGGUCAAAUACAAUAGAUUACAAUUAUGAUAUCUAAGCGGGUCACAUACGCAUGGUACACAACGAAUCUAUUGUUCGCCCGUGGGUUUUGCUCGUACAUUGCUGGAGCGUCCCCAGAAAACCUUACGACCCAUCCGGGGAGCUCGGCCUGGUAUAGGAUAAGUGGCUGGCCUGCAGCGAAAGGGGCCUGUUUAUAGAUAGCCAAUUGGCUAUUUGACAGUACAUAUGAACCCAACGAAUCCGUAGCGGUGAUGUGAUGGUCUGUAUAUGCCAUCACGCUCCCGAGGAUGACGUUGACCCUCCGUGUGAACAAGAGGGUGAGUGGGACAGCUGUUGUCCGAACUACGGGAAGGCCGUUGACCUGAUAGCUCUAGGGGCCCCAUUUGGUUGUUGAACUUCUCGUUCUGGGACUGGGGGCUCGGCUCGUUCCGGGAUCGGGUCUUCCUGAACUGCAGGUUUUACGUCCAUGGCGUCAUUUGGCGGUUGGGCUGCCCAAGCCUCAAUAUUGAUCAGCGCCUCCUCAAUUCCAUCUUCAGUGUGGUAUUACGAGUGGCUGUAGCGGUACAGCUUCUUCGUUGAGGCUAAGUGUCGAUAUGGAUUUGGACAAAGACAUAGUGCGUUCGUCUCUACAAUAUAAAGUUUAAUAUGACAAGGAAAGUACUUGUAUGGGGGCUCCUACUUUUUGACGGGACAUAUCUCAAAAAAUCAGAAAAAAUGUGCUGAUCAAGGAUAUAUAGAUCUUAGCUGCCCAUUUUAGGUUUUUAGGGGUGAAAACUCAAUCGGAAGUUGACUUAAAGUCCUAUAUGAACCCCUUUUCGCUUAAUUUUUCACAGGUUUACAAUUUUUAUUUUGGCUUAAAAUGAUGUUUAUUGAGUUUCUAAGACGUAAUAAGACUGUCUUGGCCCAAAAAUUUAUUUUUCCGACCUUCAACUUCAAAAAAAGUUGAUUCAGCCCAAAAGGGAAAUCGAACCUGUGCGGCGUCACCCUCUUGAUUCCCAGACUACGGCACUAACCACUCGGCCACACCGCUCUCUUCCGAAGGAAGAGACUGACUGCGCUUUUUAUCGUUUCGAAUGCCUGCGCCUUUUGUAGGGAAAUUAAGCCAGUUUUUGGGCAUUUUCACCCCUAAAAACCUAAAAUGGGCAGCUAAGAUUUAUAUAUCCUUGAUCAGCGCAUUUUUUCUGAUUUUUUGAGAUAUGUCCCGUCAAAAAGUAGGAGCCCCCAUAAAAGUACUUUCCUUGUGAGAAUAAAAAAAAUAAACAAGAUCGCGUCCGUUCGCUACCGCUGUCCCAGCAUAUAAUAAUGAAUGCGGGGCCGGAGCUUGCUCCUAUAAUCAUUGAUAUCAGUUUUAUCUGUUAUCUUGUCUUUCUCAGACUUUUCUCUGCGGUCGCGGGAGAUGCGGUAGUCGUAACAAAGGACGCCUUUGAUCUCAGUUGCGUCAAUGCACUUUUGUUCGUUGGAAUCGUUUUGCGAUUCGACGGUUCCUGUAUACAAGGGUCCGUCCGGCGUCUUGUACCGCUUGACGUGGUUGAGGUGAACCAUAAUUGGCUUGUUGCGUGGGUCGUCCAUGCUCACAAUGGUACAAUGAGGGGGACUAAUAUCGAUGACCCGGUAAUACCCUACCCAUCUUGGUAGGAGUUUAGGAUGACACAAUCAACAAAAACUUUCCAAAAAAGUUCAAUUUGACAAUCAAAAUGUCAAAACAAUUUGACAUGAUGAAUAUGACGGCAACUCGACAACGUGACUCAACACGUUGUCGAAGUUAACGACCCUAUUUAUUACACUUUUCUUUCAGCGACGGAAUGCUUAUCGCGCAACAUUAUCGAGGAUAAAAUCGAGGGCUGGAUGGAAUAUACAAACGGUAUUCGUAAUGGGGCAUCAUGGAAAUAACAUCAACACCUUGAUCGAGGAAAACAAAAAAUAUAUGGACAUGAUUAUUGGAGAUUUCCGGGAUCAUUACUACAACAACUCGUAUAAGGUAAGUCAACUCUCUUCAUCUCUUUUAUUGCUAUUUUAGUUAAUUUAUGCUAUGAAAACGGCCAUGAAUUUCUGUUCGGAAGUCCCGUUUCUCCUCUCACUGGAUGAUGAUUACAUUAUCAAUAUCGAUAAUGUCAUCAGAUAUGUGAGUGGCCGAGUAAAAGAUGAAAAGUUAUAUGCUGGAUGGAGAAUGUACGGAGAACCUUAUCGAUAUCGAUUCAACAAGUUUGGAGUGAGCGAGGAUCUCAUAUUUUAUAUUGUUUUAGUUGACCUUGAAAGAGUAUCCGUACAAUUUAUUUCCUCCGUUUAUAACUGGAGGCAUGGUUUUCUGGUCUCCGUUAGCUGUCAAAGAGUUUUACACUGCGAUGAAGUACUGUAAAAUGCACAAAUUUGACGACGUUUGGAUGGGUAAGCCUUUAUUUUCAACUUUUGAGCCUUUUAUUCUAAUUUGUUUAGGAAUCCUUGCUUAUCUCCUAGAUUAUCAUCCUCAAUCACUCCCUGAAGCCAAUGUCCAUCGAAGUAAGGACAUAAAAACCCCGUCUUUAGAUGGGAAGCUUGGAGAACAUGGGUAUUCCGCAUCAGAGAUUGCAGAUUACCUUAGAUACCUCAAUUCGAACACAUCUCAACCUACAGAUCUCAGAACUGACGCCCGUAACAACUGA